CCCACCUAACUUUCUGAAUGUUUCGACUUUUGCUCAACCCGUUAUCAGAUACCGCCUCUUUGAACUCGAAACCCUACCAGCAAGUUGUUCCCACUUCUAGUUUUAUCGGAUUUUGCGUCUUCUAUCUCCAGCAUCGAACUCUUCUUCCUUUUCAUCUGAGCUUUAAGCAAUUAUUUUCCUCCCAAUGAACUCUUCAUCCUCAAAAUCAGCGACUAAUUGCUCAAUGUCAUACUUGUAGCAAUUCUCAAUCUCUUCUUCCCUUCACCAUAAUUGAUUUUCUCAUUGCAUCUUAUUUGUACCUCCUUUUUUUUCCAUCCUUGAAGUGUCAGCAACAUGAUCUCUCCAUUCUCAAUUUCUCUCUUCUUUAUAUGUCGUCAAAGUUACAAGAACAUGAACCCAAUUUUCUCCAUUUCCCUUUUUAUCCUCCACUGGCGAAGAUAGAACCCUAGAUUCUCGAUUCUCAGAUGAGUACUAAACCUAAACCCACAAUUGUCACUCCCAUCAACUCGUGAUUUGUCUCGAAGAACCUUAACUGCCAAAUCUAUUUGCUCUCAACAAAUAAGUUGAGAGAUUUUGGCUUAUAAAUAUAUCGGGUUAGGGUAGAAUCGGAUUAGGGUCAUGAUAAGUUAAAACAGGAUCUGAUUGGCCACGAUCAGUUUUUGGUAAACAUGAUUUGGGUAAUUCAACGCAAUAACAUGGAAUGGAUAAAAAAUGUGGACAAUCGAUCAAUUUUUAAAAAUAAGAAAUAACUUGACGAGUCUAAGAAUUUGGAUGGACCGCAUGUUGUUGUGAGUAAUACAUCAAGAAUAGUGAUGUCAAUCCCUAAAUCUCUUAUUAGUAAUUGCUAAUAAAACUUACAAACACUACUUAAGUUCAAUUAUACAUUAAUAAAAAUAAUCAGUUUAAUAAGCAAAUUAGGUAAAUUAUUUUCACAAUAUAAAUUUUAAAAAGGUUUUGUACAUUUUAGUACACAACUUAAAUAGCUUAAACAACUCAAUAUUGGACAUAGCGCAUUCAUAGAACAAAAAAAUACUGGGGAAUAUUUUAUUGUAUAGAAAGGAAUAUGGUAAAUGCAGAAUGUGAGUCCAACUACAAAGAUACAACUAUCUCUCUCUAUAUGGAAUAAUUGAUGUAUCUACCAAUGGACCCAAAAGCAAACACAACAACUACUCUUUUUUUUUUGUUUUUGUGCACCAGACAACAACUACUCUUUUUCUCAUUUUUAUUAAUUGUUUUUCACACACCCGUACUUAUUUAUUUAUAAUUUUAUUUUGUUAUUUUUCAGCCUUUCCCUAGGCCACUAUUAACGUGUACUCUCCAAAUUCCACAAACCAAAUAAAGUUAUAAUCAAAGAACGAUGCUUCCAUUCCCCAACUACUACGUUUCAACACCAAUUAUGUCCGAGAAGAAGAACAUAAGCAGCAGCAAUAAUAGUAAGAGAAGAAAGAAGAGAUGGCCACCGACAGUCUUAUCUGGAGGGGGAAGAGGAGGAGGAGGAGGAGGAGAUGAGCUAGCGACGGUGAAAGCUGCGGCGUGGGUUUGGUACCAAAGAAACGAAGGGAAACCAAUGAUUAGAGAAUUUGAUAUCACGACAAGAGCCACAAGAACACCUCGACCUUCGCGGUACAAGCUUGAAGCCAGCAAGAACAUGAUUUUAUCCGAGAAUAGGGUUUCUAAGUCAGACACUAAUCAUUUGUCGCAUGAAGAUCAAGAAACCAAGUUCUCUAGUCUUCUUGACCCUUAUGAGAUCAUGAGCAUCUCUAAAAGGAUUGACGAGGGAUCGUUACCCGCCAAUCCAACAAGUAGUUUCCGUCAUGAUAAUGUUUUACUGCAGAAUAAGCUAGAAGAUGAUCAUAGUAAGAAGGAGAAUCGGGUUGUCACGAAAAUGAGCAUGAGAAACUUGUGGAAAGGAAUGAUUCUGAUGGCGGCUCCAAGGACAGUUUGUGGAAGAAGUGAUGACGUGGAUAUUGAGGCUUAUCGAGCUAACCCAAGAACAUUAAAGGUAGCACCCACGAGUGCCAAGACUCGAACCGACCGUCGUUUAACUCUAUAGUCUCUAUUCUUGUGUCUGGAUAUUUAAAUGUUAAGAAUGUCUUCUUUUAUACAACAUUUUAAGGAUUUAAGCAAGUUUUAUUGAUUA